AGUAGCCCAGCCGCCGCGCCAGCUGGUGUGUUGCCUGCCUUGCCAUUGCGCUUCAAGGCUGACGGAGCUUAACGACGACAGCUCCAGCAACACGACCAAAGCAACCAAAAGCGCGACCACACGACGACAGCGUCAUUCCACCAUCAGCAUCCACCCACGAAACCUGCCAUAUCUUGAUAUUGUCCCGGGCUUCUGGCUACACCGCCGACUAAUAACGGGCGAUAUACACACAUCGCCGCACAAUGUCGUCUCCUUUCUCAAUAAACGGCGGUGCGUGCGUGGCCAUGGUGGGCAAAGACUGCGUGGCGAUUGCGUGCGACCUGCGGCUCGGGCUGCAGGCGCUGACGGUGUCGAACAACUUCCCCAAGAUCUUCCAGUACGGGGACAACGUAUUUCUGGGGCUGACGGGGCUGGCGACGGACCUGUCGACGGUGUCGGACCUGUUUCGGUACAAGGUAAACAUGUACCGACUGCGCGAGGAACGCAACAUCGCGCCCAAGACGUUUGCAAACCUGCCCUUCAUCUGCGGCUUCGACAGCAUCGGGUGCAUCGACUUUGCCGCAGACUUCAUCGUUAGCGGUACUGCCACGGAUCAAUUGUACGGCAUGUGCGAGAGCCUGUGGGAGCCCAAUCUGGCCCCCGAAGACCUCUUCGAGACUAUAUCACAAGCGCUCAUGAGUGCCGUGGACCGAGACGCUUUGUCCGGCUGGGGUGCUUAUGUUUAUAUCAUUGAAAAGGACAAGGUGACCAAGAGACUGUUGAAGGGACGGCAGGAUUAGAGGCGCUCGGCAUGGUCAUGGGGCGCGAAUUGCUCUGGAUGGGGACAUGUUCUCGCUAUAUCUUGAGCUACCCACGCCUGGGCGAUGUAACAUUAGAACAAUUAAGCGAUGAGGACAGUAUGUUCUUUCUCGAGUUUGGGGAGAAUCUGCAUUGCUACCGGCCUCCAUUUGGUGACUUGACCCUGUGAUUUACAUUUUUCACCUUCUUGGUUCAUACACGCCAACCUUCCGGAA